AUGUUCUCUUCAUUCGUCAACUCCCUGACGCAAACAUGGCGUCCUUCGGACGACCGUCGCAUGAUGGAAGGGUGGAUACAUUGGCAUCAGAGACUGUGGGAGACGGUGCAGAAGAAUGGCCACCUCGGAUUGAUCUGCUUUGGAGGGCCUCCUGUUCAUUUCCAGAUUCUACAUAAGAGAUUCGUGGAGAAAUACCACUGGCUGGACGAACCCAUGUUUCAAGAGCUGUUUGCCGUCACUCAGGCGCUCUCAGGCCCGGCGAGCACCAAGAUGCUCUAUUGCAUCAACCUCAACCGGAAUGGUUUCUUAUCCGCCUUGUCAGCUUUCCUACUGUGGUCACUACCCGGGGCUGUAGGGAUGUACGGCCUAUCGCUCGGUAUAUCCAACGUUGACGACAUACUUCCUGCUCCUGCCUAUGCACUUCUCUCCGGCCUCAAUGCCGCCACCGUGGGCAUCAUCGCCCUCGCCGCGGUGCAGUUGUCCCAGAAAGCCAUCACAGACAAGAUCACCCGGAUCCUGGUGUUUUUAGGAGCGACGGCCGGGAUGCUGUAUAACGCACUAUGGUUUUUCCCGGUGUUGAUCUUCCUGGCCGGCCCUGUCACGAUCAUCUGGGACUUUCGAUGGCCGCACGCCUUGUGGAGGAAGGUUGUUGGGAUAGCUCACAGGAUGAGACACGGGCCGCCGAACCAUGAAGUCGAGAUGAAUACUACCACAGCACAGUCACCAGAUUUUCAAUCCCCCCAGCAAGAGGCUGAGGUCUCCGACCUCCCCAGAACUUCCGAUGAUGUCCAACGCGUCUCGAAUGACGGUCAAGACGCAAGAGUCAUUCCCCGGGAGAGAGAGCUGAAGGUUUCCUGGAGAUUUGGCACCGUUCUCAUCGCCAGUUUCUUCCUGACAUUCAUCACCGUCAUGGUGCUGCGCGGCGUGGUAAAGCGUCGACCACUGCUGUUCAGCCUCUUUUCCAACAUGUAUCUCGCGGGGACGAUUAUAUUUGGUGGUGGCCCUGUUGUGAUUCCCCUCCUUCGACAGUAUAUUGUGACAGAAGGGUGGGUAUCCUCCCGAGAUUUCCUUCUGGGGUUGGCCAUCAUACAGAGUUUCCCAGGCCCGAACUUCAACUUUGCCGUGUACCUUGGCUCACUGACGGCCAUCAACGCAUCAUAUCCCAGCGCUGCGGGCGCCAUCAUUGGAUUCAUCGGCAUCUUCGCGCCGGGUCUGAUCCUCGUGCACGGCACCAUGGGUCUGUGGAAGGCGCUACGCACUCGGCGAUGGGUCAAGGCCGCGUUACGCGGUGUCAACGCCGCCGCCGUCGGGUUGAUCUACACGGCCAUCUAUCGGCUGUGGGAGAUCGGGUACAUCGACGAAGAAUUCACCAGCGGUUCCAGCCUGGGCCGCGAUCCGUGGUGGGUGGUCGUGACGGCGACGAGUUACGUCGGUGGAUGCUGGUUCGGGGUUCCCGUCCCCGUGGCGAUUUUGCUCGGCGGUGUCAUGGGUCUCAUUCGCUAUGGCGUUAUAUCAAACUGA